UGAUUCAUUCAGUAUUCCCAGAGCGAAAGAAAAAAGAGUUCAUAUGUAAUGUAGAGAAGAGAUUCCAUGGAAAAGAGUUAGAUUCGUUCUUUUUUCUAUUUAACAAAGAAUCUCUGUAAUGUAAUCAAUGGAGUCUCCCCCUAAACUCGGUUUCUUCCUUUGCAUUUCUUAUCUCAUUCUCUUCCUCUCCUCUUUCUUCCUUCUUUCAUCUGCCUCAACCUCCACUUAUGGCACCCACAAAGUCUCCCUCAAACUCUAUUAUGAGUCCCUUUGCCCUUACAGCGCCAAUUUCAUUGUCAACUAUCUGAUUAAGCUUUUUGAUGACGAUCUCAUCUCCAUAGUUGAUCUCAGACUCGUUCCUUAUGGCAACGCAAGGGUUGGCCGCAAUGAUUCCAUCACUUGUCAGCAUGGCCCUAGUGAAUGCCUGUUGAACACUAUGGAAGCGUGUGCCAUUAACGCCUGGCCUGAGCUGGAUGGACAUUUUCCUUUCAUCUACUGUGUUGAGUAUCUGGUGUACAAACGGAAAUACACCCAGUGGGAGUCAUGUUUUGAGAAGUUGGGGUUGAAUCCCAAGCCCAUCAGUGAUUGCUACAGUACCGAGCUCGGGAAAAAGCUUGAACUGGAAUAUGCAGCUGAGACCGAUAAUCUUCAGCCUCCUCACAAAUACGUGCCUUGGGUUGUUGUAGAUGGGCAACCACUAUAUGAGGAUUAUGAAAACUUCAUAAAUUACAUAUGUGAGGCGUAUAAGGGACCAGCUGUGCCUACUGCUUGUAAAGCUUCAUCCAUCAGUGUCAUUUGAAGAUAAGAAGCAUAGUUUAGCCUCCCAGAUAACCCCAAGAUGACUGAUAAAGUUUGUUGAUUUAAUCCGCAAGAAAGCGGUGGAGGUGAUAAUGUUAUCAUACACUGCUUGAAUUAUAUCUCUUCCUACAUGCUUCAUACUCUUUAAUUGGAUUCAGCUUUAUAAAUAAAUCAAGAUUCAGUGUAGUUUGAUAAAAUGAUUAGAAACUAUGUAUGGAAGGACAUUCUACAAGGGAUUUGAUUCGACAUUUCUAUUUGAUAUAAUAAUAAAAGAAAAUUAUGAUA